AUGUUUCAAUCGUUGGAUUCCAUUAAGAAGCAUGAAGUGGAAAAUUAUAUAGAAAAAUCUUUUUCUGUGAUACGAACUUAUGACUGGCUGCUAGAUUUAUAUGUUUUGGAUUUUUUUGUUGAUAACCAUUGGAAUAAACUUCCAUUAUCCUGGCGUGAAUCAUUUAAUGACAUAGAUCCUUCAACAUUAGGGCACAUCUUGAGUGGGAAACCAGCUAAUAUAAUUUUACCUUUAUCAUUUUUGGCAUUGAAAAGAACUGUAGAUUUACUUAGUAUUCCAAGACAACAGAAAACAAACAUGAAUAUUACAAAUGAAUGUGGUUAUGUUGGAAAUAAUCCCAAGUUAAAGAAAAUAUUUUUAAAACAUGUGAAAUUGAAAAAGAGACAUGAAAUUGGUUUGAUGGCGAAUAUAGUUAAGAAUGUGUCUGAUAAAACCAAAUGUGUUGGUGUAUUAGACUUUGGGUCGGGGCUGGGACACCUUGUGAGACUGUUGGCAUACAAAUAUAAUCUACAUACUGCUGGGAUAGAAUGCCAGUUUCAACUGACUGAAGAGGCUAGGAAUCUUGAUCAUGAAUUGGAAUAUACAAUAAGAAAACACAUUUCGGAAGAAAACAUGAAGAAACUGUUGAAACCAACACACAUAAAUGUGACAUUGAAAAAUCACCAACAAUUAUCUCUUAUAGAAUUACCUGAAACUUUAAGCUCAUAUGGUUUAGUUGGACUUCAUCCGUGUGGGGAUUUGGGUCCAUUGUUGCUCAAACAUUUUGCAAGCUGCGAUAAAGUGAAGUUCAUUUGCUUGGUUGGAUGUUGUUUUAUGAAGUUAACAGAUCAUGGUUACCCCUUGAGCCAAUACGCAAAGAGUUUAAACAGUCAUCUGUCGUAUCCUAGCCGAGAAAUAGCAUGCCAUGCUAUAGAGGUUUAUUGUGAUAGAUUGAGGAAGGGUGAUUACAAGGAUUUGAAAAUCCACGCCUACAGGGCUGCCCUGGAAAGGAUUUUGGUGGAUAUUGAUCCAAAGUUGAAGCAUGCUCCAGUGAGAAGUAUCAAACAUUCUGAUACUAUGACAUUUGAAAGGUAUUGCAGCUUAGCUAUGGAACGCCUUAGCAUUCCGUUGCCCACUGAUCCUGACGUAUGGUCGAGGGGUCAGGAAGACGUGCAGCUGUGGCGGCGCGUAGUGAUUGUGUACUCGUUGAGGCUUGCACUCGCUCCCCUUGUUGAGACAGUCAUAUUAUUGGACAGACUACUCUUUGUAUUAGAGCAAGGGUUUUCGUGCGAAAUUCUACCGGUGUUCGAUCCUAAAAUAUCACCAAGAAAUCACAUUAUGAUAGCCAAAAGACAGUGA